GCUUUGUUUUAUAUUAAAAUACUGUCAAUGACAUAAUUUGUCAAAGUAUAAUUUAUUCACAAUUUUAAGAACAUUUAUAUAAAACAGAAUGGAUCAAACGGAGGAAGAUAUUUGCCCACGCCAUACGUGUAUGUUUAUGACAUUACUUCCAUUCUUUUUGGAUUUGCCCAUAGAACAGACUGAAGUUUCUAUACCCCCAUCUCGAUUACUAAUUGAACUGCAAAUGCCCUUACAAGAUCGAAUAGAUCAACUUUGCAAACCUACGAGGAAACGUAGAGUUCGUACUGAUGUCAAUACAUUUGCCAGAACGCCAGAUAUAAUGGUGUUCCAGAAUUUCGAUCAAUUUAAACAAUAUAAAACUACGAUUACCUUUUUAAAUAGAAAAUCGACUUCGAGAAAUUUGAAGAUUUCUGGCAUAAAUUCUCCAUAUUUUGAUGUCGUUCAACCAGGUUUAGAAUGUGAUUUUAUAAAAGUGGCUCCUGGUGUGAACUUUGUCAUCACUAUUAUAUUUAAACCAACGGAUAUAAGAGAUUAUUUUACAGAGCUGGUUUGUACUACAAACGAAGAAACCUUCAUUUUUCCUGUUUAUGCUAUUGGUCAUCGUCCGUUGUUGCAUUUGCCAGAUGAGAUACAUAUAAAUCCCACUGCCUUGAAGGUAACUUCAGAGAAAAGUAUAUUACUACAUAAUUAUGGUAAAAUAAAAGCGUUUUACGUGACAUCAAUAAGUGAACCAUUUACAGUUGUACCAGCUAAAGGUUGUUUAGAACCAAAUGAAGUUGUAGAAUUAGACAUCCAAUGUACUCCCACGACAAAUACAAAUUUUAUAAGAAAUGACUUGAUUAUACAUUGCGAUGAUCUAGAGGUUAAAGUUCCUGUUACUUGUAUGCUGCAACCUGCUGAGGUCUACUUCAUACAAAAAUCAGUAGAAUUUUUAGAAAUUUUCGUGGGAUUACAAUAUAAUAAAACGAUAACUCUCUGCAAUAAGAGUCCCUUUACAUUACAAUUUCAGUGGAAAAAAUAUGCAACGGACCUGCAAGAAAUAGAACAAAGACAACGGUUUGUGGGCUAUGUGAAGCACAUCGUCGAUAUGGAAAAGAGAAAAUCUAAUAAAUUAGAAUAUAUGGACACUAUUGAUCACGAAGGCCAUAACAUAUGCACCAGAAAAUUUGAGAAUAACUUAGAAGAAGAAAUUGAGUUUUUGUACAAAAGUGAAGUAUUCAGUAUACUUCCUAUGACGGGAAAAUUAUUUCCCCAUCAAUCUAUGGACUUUAUGGUAAUAUUCUUUCCCACUGCAAACGAAGUUUACCUGAGUACUGCUUAUCUAGACAUAACUGGAAGGUCUGAAAGACUAGCAGUAAAUCUAUCCGGUAUAGGAAAAGGUCCCAGCGUCAUUUUCAACGUGACCAAAUUGGAUAUAGGUUCAAUUUUUCUGGAGGUAACUCACGAGUAUCAGGUUGUGGUAAAAAAUGAUGGUUGUAUCCCGGCUACGGUAGUUUUUAAACCCAAAGAGACAGAAUUUGGCGGAAAAAUUACAUGCUCACCUCCAUUUCAACAUCUAAGCAAAAUUGACUCAUGUAGAUCGUUUGUUAUUAAAUUCUCUUCUACAUAUCAAGGACAAUUUGUCGAAAAGGUGGAAUUUGAGAUAAGAGAAUCUAAAGAAAUUAUUAAUUUUUUAUUAGUAGGUAACGUCGUAUGUCCAGUUUUAAGAACAAAUAUCCCAAUGUUAGAUUUUGGAGAGUUAUCUUAUGGAAAUGUACAAACCAUGGAAAUACAAUUGUUUAACGAUUCACAAGUUCCAAUAGAUUAUAACAUUUCUAUAUCGAAUAGAGCCUGCAAUACAGAUAAUACCUGUGAGUUUGACAUUGAGCCACGAUCAGGAAUUGUGGAAGCUUAUGGCGUAAAAACUGUCAAGAUAAAGCUAACUGCUAAUUUACUAGAUGAAAUUGGGGAACGAAUGAUUGUAAUGAUGUACGGGUCCGAAAUGUAUCAGCUGGCAGUACCAAUGAAGUACAAAUGUGGGGUACCAGAAGUAACAACCGACCCAAGUGAGAUUCUCAUAAAUUUCUGCUUUAUAAAUUAUGAAUAUACCAGAGUAAUCAAAUUUAUAAAUGAUACUAACCUGUGUGGACAUUUGUUCUAUACACCUUUGUCGGACCCGCUAGGCAUGAAAGUUUCUCUUGACAAAACCGAUUUUAUGAUAUGUCCAGGCGAUAUAGUAGAACUGACCUUAACAAUUUGUACAUACGUUCCUGGUUUACAUGAAUAUCCUUUAAUGUUUACAAUGAGCGGUGAAGAUAAACCGAAAAUGAUGUGCAAAAUCAAAUGUAACGGUCAAGGGCCAGUAGUAUCGUACAUUCCAGACGAACUGAACUUUGGAAACGUAACUUUACUUACGACCAAAAUUAAGAAAUUAAGACUUUUAAAUGAUUCACCAAUUCCGGCCGUAAUAAAAAUAAAAAUAGAACCACCAGGAGCGAUUAAAUUAUCCCAUUAUAAUUUUGAAAUACCACCAGAGGAUGAACAGAUCAUUGAAACUGAAAUGUAUUUAAAAGAUAAUGUAAAAAUUGCAAGCCAGCUUCUAUUAAACAUUGAACAUGGUGAGCAACUGUCGGUAAACAUAUUUGCUGAAGGAGUUGGAUACUCAAUUCUAUGCGAGCCCAUCCUGCAGCCAGAAUAUAGCUUUGGCGCUCAAUUAACUCACAGAGUUGCUAAAAUUCUCAUUAAUUUAACAAAUCUUGGAAGAAAGUACUAUCGGUUAUUCUGGACUCAGAAACCAUUAGUAAAAACAUUUAAAGAACUAGAAGAUUUAGAAAAAUUAAUCGAUAAAAAAUCUGUGUUUGAAAUCAAGCCGAACUAUUUAGAACUAGCAUACAAUCAAUCCAAUUUUAUAGAAAUCUCCUGUUUAUCAAAAAAACCGACAGUAGUAGAAGAGGUAUUCUAUUGUUAUGCACAGCUUGACAAGACGGUCAGAGUACACACUGUUUUUACAGUUUUGUUUCAAGUAAAAUUCGUAGAACCUAAUUUGAAAUUUACUACGAAAAAUCUAAACUUUUUAGAGAUGCAUAUUCCUAAUAUUUCCAAGGAAUCUCUAUGUUGUUUAACAUACAACGAAGAAGGAGACUUAAAUAUCGAUAAACCAAAUCUAGACCACAAAUCUGUGAUGAGCGGUGAAGUAACCGUGACAAAUGAAUCCGAAAUCCCACUUCAUUUACGUAUACACGCUAGCUCAGAAUUUUUCAUAAUGGACGAAGAUGAACCUAUGAAAUGCAUAGAAUAUACUUUGGACAUUGAGGAAAAUCUAAAUAUUGUUGUCUCUUUUCGACCCGUUGUAGAGGAUAAGGUUUAUAGAAAGCAUUGCGGUAAAUUAACGAUAACCAUCGAAGAUUACCCCCAUCCCGAAAUUCUUUCAUUAAUAGAAGAAGUAUGUUUUCCAACAAUAAAAUUUGAGCCAGAGAAGCUUGAUUUUGGUUGCAUACCAAUUGAUUCCUCUACAUGUCGGUAUGUGGUUUUGGAAAACAUAACUUUUUUACCAGUAGAUUUUACGUGGGAGAUAGAUAUGGACAGUUUUCUAAUAACAAAGUUGGAGGAAUCUGAAGCAGCAGCAGAAUCUAGUCCAUUUUUACCAAAGAAUAAGACCCCACCUAGUGCGGAAAAUCGGAAAACAAUAUACAAUUCUUUUAAACCUACACUGGAUUCGGAGCAAAUUAAACCAGUUCAAAGCAAAAGUAUGAAGAUAUUUUCAGAAGACACAACAGUACAAGUCCAAUCUAAAAAAAGUUUUGCUAGUCAAGAAUCCUCUUUACAACAUUCGUCUUAUUCUCAGCUCGAUAAAGUUGAAGAAAGGGCGAAAAAUAUUUUACAAGAAGUAUUUUGUGCCAAAUAUGAUGAGGAAUAUAUAGAGUUUUGGAAAGAAAAGAAAUAUAUGCCCGUAGCGCCAGAUUCUUUAAACCUUCGCGACAUUAUUACCAUAGAACCAUGGAAAGGAUGCUUGAGACCUUAUGAACAUGGACUAAUUAGUAUAUACUUUUCACCACCACCAAAUUUAUUUUGUGAAAUACUGGAAGAGUCUCUGAUAUUAACCAACACUGGACAUUACGAUUUUUGUUUUCAAGUUGACUGUGAUAGCCUGGAAAUUUUUCAAGACAAAAAGUUAAAAUCCAAAUGGCUGAACAUAUACCCAGAUAAGGGCUAUUUGGAAGCCGGAAAGGAGAUCCCUAUUACGAUAAGGUACUUUCCCGGCAUUGUAGGAAAUAUAAAUGAAUUAAUAUUGUUUGAGGAUUCUUAUCCAUCUACUGUUGAAAUAGAUUUAGCUAUAGAGAGGAUGUUUAUUAACGAUUAUCUGCAAAACAACUAUAAUCGGCUUCGAUACCAUUGUGUCACCCGAAAGUAUAAACUAAUUCCUAAUUUCAAAGUACCACAUUACAAACUUGAUUUUGGCCAUGUUGUUGUUGAUAGACCAGUGUGUUUUACUGUUCUCAUUAUUAAUUAUGGUCCAGAACCAACUACAGUACACAAAAUGAAGUCAAACUUAUCAUCUCUCUCAAAUAAUCAGAUGUUCGUCGAAUAUAAAAACAAAACACUAGGAGUAGGAGAAAUUGGUGAACUGUAUGUGGUAUUUAAACCAAGAAAAGAGUAUAAAAUUUUUGACGAUCGUUUUGUUCAGGAUUAUUUAUUUUUGGGAGUAAAUCAUGGAGCUAUGAUACCGAUCAUAAUCACUGCUACGAUAUCGUUGCCCAGAUUUAGGUUUCAUAAAAAGUGUAUGGAUUUUGGAGCCGUAAAGGUUGGAAAUGUCUUGAAGAAAUCCGUAGUAAUAGAGAAUCUUGGUUAUUUGACAUGUAAAUGGAAUGCAGAUGUUCAUAGCACAAAUACUAUGAAAAACGCGUUUUAUGUUAUUCCACAACAGGGUCAAUUAAUCGAAAUGGACAAAGGACUGAUGGAUAUCUUUUUCAUGCCGAUAAAAAAUGGAUGCUACAUAUCCGAGGUGGAAGUAUACAUCGAAGGUAGUAUCACUCGUUAUGUGCUUGAACUUAUCGGCCACGGAAUGAUCCCAAAUUUGGCGAUACAAGAAAAACAAAUGAAAUUUGAAUCUUCUGUGCCCUAUGCAGAGCGCAUUGUAAAGCCUCUAUUAAUUCAGAAUGUAUCAACAUUUCCAAUUGAGUACUCCUUUUCUGAUUUUGAUGAGUAA